CAACUCUGAGGAGUAGGUCCCUCCUGGAGAGACAGUGUGCAUGCAUGUGUGCUGAGACGGGCAUCUCAGCCCAUCGCGAAGUUUCGUCUAGGUGACCUUGGGCUGAGCUUCUCUUGCUUGUUUGGAGAGCAGUUGAUUUACAAUGCAGAUUUGUCCGUCCUCGCCUGCCUGUCCCUGCCCCUCCUAAAUUUGGCUGGGAUAUGAGGCUGUUUGCUUUCUGAUGCCAACAGUGGCAAUGGCAGAGAGCCCUGCCAUAUGAGAGGCAGAGAUAGAGGAGAGGGAGCCAAGGAGGAGCGAACCGUGCAACUGCUAUUGCUUCUGGUAGCUGAGGGGCACAUCUGCAGAAGAGAAUGUCGAUGCUUUCCCCAGUCCUGCAGCCCCCAGAGGUGAAGGAGUAUCUAUCCAAGGGUGAGCGCUUCAUCAAAUGGGAUGAUGAAACAGCAAGCGCUUCUCCUGUGAUUCUUCGGGUAGAUCCAAAAGGCUUUUACUUGUACUGGACCUACCAGAGUAAGGAAAUGGAAAUUUUGGAUAUAACCAGCAUCCGAGAUACUCGAGUAGGGAGAUUUGCUAAAAUCCCCAAG